UUGAAUCUAUAGAAAGCAUGAAACGUCGAAUAGUUGUUGCAAGAUAUAGGACAGAUUUUCUAGCACUCGACACUUCCCAUUGCGAGAAUAUAGUGAAAGGGGAAUUUUUUAAAUUGGACAAAUCUACCAUCACAGAAUCUUCAUUUAAGGAACUCUUUGGGACCAACGAAUAUAUCCUUAUCCGUCGUGAUAUGGAAGUUCUAAUUGAUGAAUUGAAGAAAGGUCCCUUCAUGGAGCAAACGAAUUUAACAUACCUCUUGAAAGGCGCGGGUGGGGUUGGUAAAACGACGACGCUGUAUUUCGCUUCUAUUAUCGCUCAAAGAUCGGGAUGUCUUACUAUGUAUAUCAACGCCAAAUUUUUUACGAAUGGUACACGAUGGAUCAAUCAGAAAGUGUGCGAGUUUUUGGAACCAUGGGCCUUGCGAAAUCAGGACUUGCUAAAGCAACUUCCGUCAUCAUCAAAAGUUACAAUGUUUGAUGCAGCUAUGGAAGCAGCAAAGGAUAUUCAAAAUUCGGUCGUACUCUUCAAUUUUCUCAUUGAAGAUCUCCAGAGGACAGUUCGGGUUCCUGUUGUUAUUUGCAUAGACCAAUAUAAUGCGUUCCUUGUGGAUCAUGAGGCAGUUCUGGAGUAUAACAAGGCGCCGACCACUAUAUCAUGGGGAAGCAAUCCUAUUGGUAGGAUAUUCUCCGACUGGAAUAACUUCAAUGUCCAACGAGGUGCCGUCCUAUUUGCCUUCACAUCUUCCUAUCAUGGCGGUAAAACAGCAAUUGAUGGAAACUCGAGACUAUUUACACGUAUUUCACCCUACAACAAUGAUGAAUGGGCUAAAAUGACCAAUCGUUUCACAGACAGUUUGCCUCCUGAUACUGGUUUCCUAAGGAACUUUGUUGGUGGUAUACCUAGAGAACUCGGCCGCUUCAUGAAGAUUUGGGAUAAGGAACAUCAUAAUGGGGUAGACAACGUGAUGAAACUUUAUACUAAGGAUGCAACAGAUUAUUAUAAAGAAAGAAUUCAGAGGUUGUUGGAUAAGAAGAGAAUGAAAGAAGAUGUCAAGGAAAGCACCGUAUUUGCAGCAAAAAUUUUUAUGGGAUCAUCUAUGGAUGAUGUACCAGAUUCGUGGGAAAAUUCUGGGAUGGUGGUGGUACAAGGACAAACUUAUAAGUUAUGCUGCCCUGCAGCAGAGUUGGCAAUAUUUAAAGCAUUUGACGACAGCCACACAAAAAAUGCCAUCAGCAUAUUGAGAGGGGAUAAAACGAUAAGCUGGCGGGUGCUAGAGCUCUGUGUGCAACAUCGCUUUCGGAUGGCAGCUAUGAGUGCCAAUAUUGUUGAAAUGGAGUAUACAGAUCUAACACAAAAAAAAGAAAAAGAAAAAAUUCAAAUAUCUGCCCAAAACAUCAUCAUUCAUAAUGAUAUUCCUGUCGAGCUUCCGACCAUUCAUCCAGGAACAGUUUAUAUUUGUUGGCGAGGUGCAGCUGUGGUCGAUUUUUUUAUUUACAAUCACGAUUGCAAGAAGAUAUUUCUACAAGUAUCUGAACAACCUUAUGCAAAGCACAAAACUAAACUUCCCGAUCUAUUUACCACCACCAUAACCC